UACAGGGAAGUUAGGCGACUUCUCGGAGCAGGUGUCUGUAGGGGGACUUGUUCUCAUACUGGAGGUGUGAGAGGAGGGAAUUUAGAAAUUUAGAGAAUUUCCCUCUUUCCUCCCCAUCCACUUAGAAUUUUUGAUGUUCGCAAACAUGGUGUCCAAGCUGACAUCUUUGCAGCAGGAACUUUUAAACGCCCUUUUAGAUUCCGGAGUUACCAAAGAUGUCCUGAUCCAAGCACUCGAGGAUAUGGAUCCUACUCCAAAUGGCUAUGGAGUUAAACUGGAGAAUCUCCAAAUGUCUCCGUCAAGUUCCAAAAUGAACGGGAAUGAUUCGGAUUCAAAGCCGGUUUUUCACACUCUGACUAAUGGGCACAGUAAAGGAAAGUUGUCGGGAGACGAAGGCUCUGAGGACGGGGAUGAUUUCGAUACACCACCGAUACUUAAGGAACUGCAGUCCUUAAAUACAGAGGAGGCAGCGGAACAGAGGGCUGAAGUUGAGCGAAUGUUAGCCGAGGACCCAUGGCGCGCCGCCCGUAUGAUCAAAGGCUACAUGCAGCAGCACAAUAUCCCUCAGCGCGAGGUGGUCGAUGUCACAGGGCUGAAUCAGUCGCACCUCUCGCAGCACCUCAACAAAGGAACGCCCAUGAAAACACAGAAGCGAGCUGCGCUCUACACCUGGUAUGUCAGGAAGCAGCGCGAGAUUCUGCGACAAUUCAACCAGGCAACACAAGGUUGUGGCAGCAAUAUGACAGACAAAAGCAAUCAGGAUCAGGUGCUAUUUUUUUUCCCAGAGUUCAACCAGCCCGGCCAGGGUAUGGGGCAACCUGGAGAUGACGUGGGCUCUGAACCCUCUUGCAAGAAACUGAGACGCAACCGCUUCAAAUGGGGACCAGCGUCCCAACAAAUCCUCUAUCAGGCAUACGAGAGGCAGAAGAACCCCAGUAAAGAGGAGCGGGAAGCUUUAGUGGAGGAGUGCAACCGUGCUGAGUGUCUCCAGCGGGGAGUGUCUCCAAGCAAAGCUCAAGGGCUCGGAUCCAACUUGGUGACUGAAGUGCGUGUCUACAACUGGUUUGCCAACCGCCGUAAAGAGGAGGCAUUCAGGCAGAAGCUGGCAAUGGAUGCCUAUACUGGUCCGACGCACAGCCUCAACUCACUCCUCUCUCACAGCUCCCCUCACCAUCCCCAGGCUAGCACCUCUCCACCCAGCAAGGUGCAAGGUGUGAGGUACAGCCAACAGGGACACAGUGAAGUCAGUUCCUCAACAACCAUAAGCCAUCAUGGUAACAAUGCCAUGGCAACCAGCCAGUCAGUGUUACAGCAGGUGUCUCCAGGAUCACUGGAUCCCAGCCUGCUGUCACCUGACGCCAAGAUGAUAUCUGUGUCAGGUGGAGGACUUCCCCCAGUCAGCACACUGACCAACAUUCACAGUUCCCAUCAUGCCCAUCAACAGACCCAGAACCUCAUAAUGCCCCUAACUGGAGUCAUGGCCAUUGCACAGAGUCUGAACACAACGCAAGCACAGACCGUGCCCGUCAUUAACAGCGUGGCGGGCGGUCUGGCAGCCCUGCAACCAGUGCCGUUCUCCCAGCAGCUCCACAGCCCGCACCAGCAAGGGCUCAUGCAGCAGUCUCCCAGCCACAUGAGUCAGCAGCCGUUCAUGGCUACGGUCACGCACUCACACAUGUACUCACACAAGCAGGAGCCGCCCCAGUAUUCUCACCCUUCGCGCUUUCCAUCCGCAAUGGUAGUCACAGAUGCCAAUAGCAUAAGCACCCUCAGCUCCAUGUCCUCCAGCAAACAGGAUGCUCCUGUAAACAAGAUGGUGCAACUGGGGGGUCUCUCCUGGUGUCCUCUGCAAGCCUGGUGAGCAUGCACACCUGACUUCCUCAGUGCCUAGCAACAGGAGCACAUUUUUCCACCCCUCUCAUUGCAGUAUCCAUAGCAACUCCUAAUAACUGGCAACAGCGCACUGGACGAUGAGUCAGUCAAUAAAUCAGGAGUUGAGGUGGAGGGCGGGAAUGAUGGUGAAAGGGCCGAGAAUGAACAUUGUGAGUUUGUGUUUGUUAAGCCUUAAAGGAGGAGAGAGAAGACUGACGGGAAAACUUCUGUCGAAUGAUCAACAAAGUGGAAUCUCAUUUUUCUUUUCUUUGUUUUUUUGUUUGUUUGUUUCCAAACACAAUCUUUAGGAACAGUAUUCAUUUUUCAUCAGUAAACAAUAUUCAUAGAAAUGCUUCGUGAAUAUAUAAAAGUGGGCAACGCUAAUAUUAUUAAGGAACAAAUGGCACCGCACAUGUAGAAAGUGUCCUGUAACGUGUGUGUGUGUGUGUGUGUGUGUGCGUGUACACGUGUGUGUGUGUUUGUGUGUAUGUGUGUGUGUGUGUGUGUCUGUGUGUGUGUGUGUGUGUAUGUGUGAGUUCAAGGUGAUAAUGUAGUAAUGGGAUCCCGCAAUGUGUGUAAAGUAGACUGAUGUAGCUACACAUACGAUGGAAUGUGAAGAACCAAGAACCACGUUAAAGUACUCUUUAAUGGACUGAAGGGGUACCUUUCUCUGACCUAGGACUAGUCUGCACAAUCCAUGUGCCUUUUUACUACUAACAACCCCAAAGAAUUCGUGCCCACUUUCAUCAGUCAUGCACACCUUAACACAGUUCACCAAUCACAGACUAUAAUGACAAUCAGCAGAUAUUACCAUGGUAGCAAUAAGAGUCUUGCUUCCUGUUGUGUAAUGCGCUGUGUUUCGGCUGUGAGAAUGAGUCUUCCAUGUGAUUGAGUAUGCAAUUCUAUGUACAGCUGGUUGUAAAUAUGAAUGAUAAUUAUGCCACACAGUUUUGAAGGAUGUAAAUAUUUGAUAGUCCAUCACUGAUAUAUGUUGCUUUGUUAUGUCUUAUUCAACGCGUAAACUGUGAUUUAGGAGUAUGACAAUCUUAAAGAACAGGAAGGACUAUGCAAUGUGACUGAAAGCACAAAGCUUGGAGGUCAGGCCUCAUGGAAUUGGAACCUCAAAUAAUUUAGAAUGUUAGAAUUGCAGUUGAAAAGAACUUUGCUGACGCAUUCACUAAACGUCACCGUUUAGUAAAGCAACAUAUAAAUAAAAUUGAAAUACGAUUUUAUCUCAAAGACCUGUCCUCUCCGCUCCAACACUUACAAAAAAGCCAUCUAAGCAAUAGUCUAAUGUGCUCAUGUCAGUAGUCUUUUGUCAUCGCAUAAUCUUACUUCAAUCUAUUGCUUAAAUCCAAAAUUAAAAUGAGCACUGCCUUUAACUCACUCUGGUAUCACCGAUGCACCCUGCUGAAGAUCCAGAAUUGUAUCAUUGUGUGUUUGUACCUUCAAAAAUGUGAAUUCAUGGGUCUACACUGGAGACCAGCAUUGAAUCACAUCAUGAUUUCUCAGCAGAAUGAGCCUAAUACAAAACUGGCUCUGUCACUAUUUUUAACAAGUAGCAAUGGCUAUGGAUUACUGCGUGACUGACACAGUAUAAAUAUUCACACGCAUUUUUUCGCAGUCAUUGUUAAAGGCAGUUUAUUAAAUUGUAAUGAUAUGAGAAAGCCUCUUGCUCCAGUGAUUCGUUUUAAGAGCAGCCAUUGAAAUCAUGGGAAUAUCCCAAAAAUGCUGAUUACUGGGAGGUAAAGGAGCAACUACGUCUGUUGGGACACUGGGGCUAACAGUAUUAGCCACUUACGCAACCCUGAACUACCAGGAAACAAUUGUGAAAUGACCUGUGACGUAAAAAAAAACCAAAAAAAAAAACCA